AAAGAGGAAAAGCGGUGAUUGAGGAUUGUGAUCUCCCUUAACUGUGCCCCAAAGAACCACCUGGGCUGGGACAAGGCCAGGCCUCAGGCUCCAGGAACCUGAGUCUGGAGGAAGGCUGACUUCCGCCCCGCCCACCCGCCAGGUCUGCGCAGUCUCCUGGAAUUGUUUGCCGUCUCUAUGGUAACCCGGGAACAGGAGUCUGAAGAUGGAGACCAGAGCAUUAAAAUCUUUGUCCAGAUCUUUAGACAUACAGUCCAGCUCCGAGGAACUGGGGACCACUUCGGAUGACUGUCCUGGGUCAGCCCUGGAGGGCACAACUAAACCAGCUGAGUUAUAUGCAACGACCACCGAGCCCUGUAUUGAUUUCUCAGUGCCCUCCACUGACAGUCUUCUGGAGGCAGCCUACCCUGUAUCUCCCCAGACAGACCGCGGGAGUCUUGGUUUUAAGCCCCUCUGUGUUUCCUAUAUUCCUCGGAGUCCUGGUAUUAUAGCUGACCUUCCCUCUGGCCCUGGCCCUGGCCCUGCCCGUGGCUCUAACCCUAUUUCCAGCUCUGACCCUGACCAUGGAUCUCUCUUCAGCUCUGGUCCUGUCCAUAAGCCUGUCCCUGGCACUAGCUAUGGUCCUGGCUCUUCCCCUGCCCAUGGCACUGGUCCUGGUCAUGGGCCCAAUCUUGCCUCUGGGGCUGAUCCAGGCCCUGAGCUCAGCUCUAGAAUUCCUCAAAGGUACCUUCGGCCAGAUUGCCCUAAUUAUAACCCCUCGUGUCACAACUGCCAGUGGGAGCCUCAGAAACAACCCUGGGAACCUUUGCAAGUGCCAGAACCUGGGGCACGAGGGCCAUGGAAGCCCACCGAGGUGGAAGAGAAAUCUCAGUUUCCCUGGGAAGCACUGCCACGGGGCCACGUCCUUCUCAACAACUGGGAGGAAGAGAGAGCUACCAACCACCUGGAUCAAAUCCCAAGCUUGCAGGAUGGCUCUGAGAGCUUCUUCUUCCGGCACGGACACCAGGGGCUGCUGACAAAGCAACCACAGUCACCUUUGUCCUCUAGCACCACCCACAAAGACUCGUACCAGCCCCCAAGAAACACCUGUCGGCCACUUCGAGGGAAGCGAGAAGUCAUGCUGGAGAUGCUCCUGCACCACCAGAUCUGUAAAGAGGUGCAGGCAGAGCAGGAACCCCCAAGGAAGCUCUUUGAGGUCGAGUCAGUGACACACCAUGACUACCGAAUGGAGCUGGUGCAAACAGGGCCUCCUGCCCCAACAAAGCCUCAUGAUUACCGCCAGGAACAGCCUGAAACCUUCUGGAUACAGAGGGCAUCACAGCUACCGGGUGUCAGUAAUAUCAGGACACUGGAUACACCAUUCCGGAAGAACUGCAGCUUCUCAACACCAGUACCCUUGUCUAUGGGGCAGCCUUUGCCCUAUGAACCUGAUAAUUUCUGCAACCAAAUGGAGGAAAUGUCUUCCCUUGCCUGUCAAGGAGGACAACAAGGGUGCCAGGCAGGGGAACAACUCUGGCCUAAGAGAUGAAGAGGGCAGUGGAUGUGGAAUUUGGAAUCAAAGGUGGGUGCGGACUAAAGUAAUUCUCUAUGUACUUGAUGAAGGGGCUGGACAUAAAAGGGUUCUCAUCCCAA